CUCUCCUCCUCUCCCCUCUUCCCCCCUCCCAGAAGAAUGGGUUGCAUUCAGAGCAUAACUUGCAAAUCCAGGAUACGGCGAGAAAAUAUAGUGGUGUAUGACGUUUCUGCUACGAUUGAUCAGUGCCCAACUCUCAUAGAGGAAAAUUCUCCCAUUGUGCUGAGGUACAAGACACCAUACUUCAAGGCGUCUGCUCGGGUGGUGAUGCCUCCUGUCCCCAGGAACGAAACGUGGGUGGUCGGAUGGAUCCAAGCGUGCAACCAAAUGGAAUUUUUCAACACUUACAGCGACCUGGGAAUGUCGAGCUGGGAACUUCCUGAUUUGCGAGAGGGCAGGGUUAAAGCUAUCAGUGAUUCUGAUGGGGUGAGCUAUCCAUGGUACGGCAACACUACAGAAACAGUGACUCUGGUUGGUCCGAUAAACAAGGUAUCUCGGUUCUCAGUGAGCAUGAACGACAAUUUUUAUCCAAGUGUGACCUGGGCAGUGCCUGUGAGUGACAGUAAUGUGCCACAGCUAACCAGAAUUAAAAGAGACCAAAGUUUCACCACCUGGCUAGUAGCCAUGAACACAGCCAGCAAAGAGAAGAUCAUACUGCAGACAAUCAAAUGGAGAAUGCGUGUUGACAUUGAAGUUGACCCAUCCAAGCCAUUGGGAUACCGUGCUAAACUUGUUGGAAGGAAACAGCAGGAACAGCCUCGAAUAUUGACCAGGAUGGAUCCUAUGCCUUCAAAUGCCUUGGUGAAACCCAAUGCAAACGAUGCCCAGGUUUUAAUGUGGAGACCCAAACGUGGUAUACCUCUAGUUGUGAUACCUCCCAAAUAAUUAUUAACAAUAUUAACAAUAAUAAUUUUUUAAAAAGACUGGAAUCAUCCAAGGAAAUAUUAUAACACCGUGAAUUUCACAGACCUCCUGCUCAUUCUGCAGCAAGAAAUGAAUCAGGCUGGAGAUUUUUUGUUACGCAGUUUUGUUUUAAAGGAGGUGGUUAUAUUAUGUCGCGGGAUCUUACGUGACUGUUUACAAAAGUACAGCAAUUGGACCGUACAGCCAUUCUGGUAACACUUGAUUCUCUUUGUUUUUUGAUAAGGCAAGUUCUCAGUCCAGAUGAACUGGCCGUGGUGCUGAAAUCUGACACGAGUAAGGUACCACUAUUUUAUAAUUGCCCAGAGGCUUGCUCUGCAUUGACAGGCUUCAGUGAAGUGAUGCUUCCUACUAUUGCUACUUGUCUAUUUAUUCAGUGGAUUGACUGACUGAUAACGUUUUUGCAUGCACCUCGUGGUAAAAGAACAUUUAUUGUUGGGAAUCUCCAUGUGCAUUCAGUUUGUGUGUUGUGAGUGGUUUUACGCCUAUAUGGAAUCACAAGUGUUUUGCAGUCAACUGAAUGACUUUUUAAUAUAACAUUUGCAGUAUUUAUUUUCAGUGCUUUUCUUAGGCCUACGUUCAAAUAUUACAGAAACAACAACAAAAAUGCUCCCAUUUGACACUGCAUUUAUUGUCAUUGCAUUAAAAAAAAGUGUGCCAAAGUGGCUCCGAGUUUAAAGUCAUUUUCACUGAAUUUAACACACGAUUGAUCCAAACUUCUCAUGGCUAUUAACUUGAUGGAGACCGUGAGAAAUGUUGUUAAAUUAUUAUUUUUUUAAAAAAAUCCUCAUUAUUACAUUUUAGUCAUAAUAACUG